CCCUCGCGGACACCCACCUUGCGCGUGACGUUGCGCACAUAGGGGCAGGUGGUGCAAGCGAAGCGGUGGCAGCGGGCGCCUUCCUCGGCCACCAGCACGUUCCCACAGGCCGGGCAAAAGAGCAGCAUCUCGGCGCGCCUCGGACGUCCGCCUGCGCAAUGGAAGCUACUUCCGGUUCCGGCCGCGCGAGGAUCCGGUCACGACGAAGAUGAUGGAGGAGGAGGAGGAGGAGGCGCACGCGGAGGCGGUGGCACGCUGGCAGGCCGGCCUGGCGCGACUCGUCAGGGACCCGCUCCUCUGCGACCUCCCGGCGCAGGUGACCCCCGAGGAGAUCUGCUCGCAGGUGGCGCUCGAGUACGGCCAGGCGAUGACGGUGCGCGUGCGCAGAGUCGACGCCCCCGAAGCUCCCAUGCCCGUGGUUGUGGUGCAGAGCGCGAGCGUGCUGGAGCUCAAGAAGGCGCUGCGGCGGUUCGUGCAGCUGCGGCAGGAGCGCCAGGGCGGCGCGCGGCACAUCAGCUGGAGGCACGUCUGGCGGACCUACAGCCUGACCUUCGGCGGAGAGAAGCUGGCGGACGACCGCAAGAAGCUGCGGGAGUAUGGGAUUCGCAACCGGGACGAGGUCAGUUUUGUGAAAAAGCUCCGGCAAUAAACUCGCAGUGACUGAGAAUCCACAUUUGAAAAGGUGCUGGAUCUUUUUCUGAAUACGAAGAUAUCAGUGAAUCUGAAGCAAGGAACAGCCAGUAACAUUAAAGUUUCUUAAAUUAUAAUAAAGUACACUGAAAGUUU